GCGCGCAGGCGCAGUGGCCGGGCGGAGACUCGGCAGCCGCAGCCUUGUACGUUUCCUCUCCUUCUCCGAAAAGGCUGGGAGAAGUUCGCCGCCUGGCUGGUUCCGGUUAAAAAUAAAACCCAGGUUGCCAGCCUUGCUGUACACUUGACAAAGCUGCUUGCCCCCUCGCAAGCUGAAGUGAUGGCUCUCCCCUUCCGAAAAGACUUGGACAAAUACAAGGACCUCGAUGAGGAUGAAAUCCUGGGCAAGUUAACGGAAGAAGAGUUGAAACAACUGGAAACCGUCCUGGAUGAUCUCGACCCAGAGAAUGCACUGUUGCCUGCAGGGUUCCGGCAAAAGGACCAGACUUCCAAAAAGCCCUCCGGUGCUUUCAACAGGGAGAAACUCCUUUCGUAUCUGGAGAAGGAAGCGCUGGAGCAUAAAGACGUUGAAGAUUUUGUCCCGUUCACGGGAGAAAAGAAAGGGAAAGUAUUUAUUCCAAAGCCAAAGCCGGUACAGUCUUACACAGAAGAAAAAGUGAGUCUUGAUCCGGAGCUGGAGGAAGCAUUGACAAGCGCUACAGACACUGAACUAUGUGACAUUGCAGCUAUCCUGGGAAUGCACAACUUGAUAAGCAACUCUCAGUUUUGCGAUAUUGUGGGAAGUAGCAACGGUGUCGCCAAUGAAAGUUUCUCAAAUGUGGUCAAAGGUGAAAAGAUCAUGCCCGUCUUCAAUGAGCCACCAAAUCCCACAAAUGUAGAGGAGAGUUUGCAAAGGAUUAAAGACAACGAUUCGCGCCUUGUAGAAGUCAACUUGAACAACAUAAAGAACAUUCCCAUUCCAACACUGAAAGAAUUUGCCAAGGCAUUGGAAACAAAUACUUACGUGAAGAGCUUCAGCCUUGCGGCUACUCGGAGCAACGACCCUGUUGCUGUCGCUUUUGCCGACAUGUUGAGGGUGAACAAAACACUGAAGAGUCUAAACAUUGAAUCCAACUUCAUUACCGGUGUGGGCGUAUUGGCAUUGGUCGAAGCACUCAAGGAGAACGAAACCCUGACCGAAAUAAAGAUCGAUAACCAGAGGCAGCAGUUGGGGACCCCUGCAGAAACGGAAAUUGUGAAGAUGCUUGAGGAGAACACAAAGAUCCUCAAGUUCGGAUAUCACUUCACGCAGCAGGGACCGCGAGCCAGAGCAGCGGAUGCAAUUACGAAAAACAACGAUUUGGUCUGGCGUAUAGGAGUUAAAAUGUCAUCAAAUGCCCUUUCAUCUCUUCAGCCCUGAAGCUUCUGAGACAGUUCGCAAAAGAAGAGUGGAAGGAGACCAUCAAUAAACCUUCGCGGCUGCCAGAUGUGUGUGGCAUGGAGAAUUUGGAGCUCCUCCAGGUGCAUCUGCUGAGAUGGUUUUUUCAGCAACCUCAAGAUUACUUCUUACCUGGGUAGAAGGGAAAAGACUGGAAUCGCCAUUCCUCCUGUUGUCGGGUGUUCUGUUUUUGUGUGUCUGUGUUGUAAAUGUAUAUUUGUAUGUGUGAUAUCCAGCACAUGUAUGUUCAAAGCCUUGUAACUACAUCUGCCCAAGAUCAGUUCUUGAACAGCCUUUCAUUUCAGAACUUGGGUGUGUGUCUUCCACAAAGAUAAGUACCAAUUCUAGCAUCUGCGGAGUAUCUUCAUGACAUGCAGUCAAGGAUCGGCAGACGGUUUUAAACCCGCAGGGAGCAAGUUUUCAGGCAGGAAACCCGGAGUCCUUAUUUAAAAUACGGACUCCAUAUUUUUAGAAAACAAAUGUUUCGGGUGGGGGUGGGGGAGAGAAAGAGACCCUUCCAAGAAAAAGCAAAGGACUUUGACCACUUACUUCAACUUUGUAUGUGAUGCGGAUAAAUCACUGCUGCCGCAGUUACUCCUCUGGUUCUUAACGUGCUUUGACCAUGUAGAAUGCUUUCUUGAUAUGGAGAUUUAAGCUUGAAAUUUCUUUUUAUAAGAGAUUAUUAUCCCACUUUUAAGGGCUGCUUCUAUUCUCUUACCUCAUUGGAGGUAAGUGAAGCCGACAGAAAUGGAGAUUGAAAUUUUAAGCCUUUGCAAUAUCUGGUGUUUGGUUGGCCUCCUUUUCUGUCAACUUACAGAACAUGACGUUUCGGCACCUUUGUUCUGUUAUGUCUGAACUGGAUGUAUUUAUGGACCUUUUGGUGUUUUUGUUUCAUCCGCGUCGUGUCGAGUUAUAUUCCUUGGAAUCUCUCUCUGUGUGUGAGUAUAUAUAUAUAUAUGUGUGUGUGUGCGUGCGUGCACGUACACACACACACACACACACUUCAGUGGCAGCAUGCCAAACCUACACAAACGGCUUCUGAGUCAUAGCACAGCAUCAAGUAGCAGUCCGCUGGUAUGCUGUUUUGUAUAGGCCAAAACACAUGGCAACCAGGUUUUAUGCUCUUUGGCUGUGAAUUCUGACCAGUGUGACAUGGCACGUUUUUAGAAACUUCAGGCUUUCUGUACUUACCAGCACCCACAGAGAGCUGCUGCGGCCUUGCAGCCUCUGAGCACCUCAACAGGGCCCACUUUCACCGAUGCCUCCCAUGGGCCACCAUUUUAAAUUACCCACAAUGCCCCAGGGCAGCCAACAGAGCAUCACUUGAGCAUCGUGAGGAAUUAAAAUGGCUUCCAGUUGGGCGCCACCACUUUUAGUUUCCCACGAUGCUGUGGGGCAAUACAUUGACUGUUCUGAGAUGCUGUGGGGAUUUUUUAAUGGCGGCUUCUCAGUUGUCCAACCUUGCCACUAGGGGUUCGCUGACUUAAAAUACCAAGUGGUAUUUUACUAACCUCAACCCUGGCUCCAGCCCUUACUCUGCUUCAUCCGUCAUGUGCAUAGGAAAUUUUGUAUUCUUUCACAGUUCUGGUGCAGCUGGCAGGGAAAAUCCAGAGUUUUCAAACACCUGUUAAUAACAACACAUACUUUUAACCUUACAACAGCUAUAACUAACAGGAUGGUUUGGUGACCUGAGCUUGGUUCCCACUGUGAAAUAAGGACCGUUUUAAUGCCACUAUGUUAAUACCUGCUACUGACUUACAGCUCCAGCUUCACGUGGUACGGGGAAUAAUCAUGCAUGUUGGACAAAAUCCGCCAGGCUUCUCCUAUGCAAACCAUGGUAUAAGUCAAUGGAGCUCAAGCAGUAGUAGUAUAUGGAAUAGGAUUCACAGAGUAUACGCCAGGUUCAUUUUUUAGUUCAGGGUUCUAUCUUCAGAAAAACUAGGAAACAACUCAGGUUCAAUCUUGUUUUUCCUUCAUUUUUCUGACAUCUUUUGGCUCUUUGAUUUGUUGAGUGCAAAACUAAAAGGCAGAGCAGAGCAUCAGGCCAGGAUGAAAGCAUUUUGAUUAAAGUUGCCCAACUCUGAUGUGCUAUUUUUCACAUCAUUGUCUCUUGAAUAUGGACCAUAACUGCAAACAUUUUGCCUUAAAGGAAGUUGUGUUGAAAUCAGUGAUACGUUUUUCCGAAUCAGUGCACUGAGAAUACCAAGGCUAAAGUUGUAUGUUUCUGUAGGGCAGUCAUCCUAAAACAGGUGUCUUCCAGAUGUUAGGACUAAAACUCCCAUCAUCCACGAUAGUGAAGGGCUGAUGGGAGUUGUAGUACAUACUCCCUGGCGGGUGCUAUUGGACAAAGGUGGGUCUUUUUGUUCGUUUCUGCAUUGUAUGCAAAGACUGCGUUAAAGAAACCAUAUUAACAUGUUUGUUCCUAUUGGCACUUAGGUGUGUAAAACAGAAACGUGCAUUUUUAAAAACAAUUUUGGAAAACAAAUCCAAAUCUCUCUUCUCACUUGCAAAGCUUUAAAACAGUCCCAAAAACAAGGAAAAAACGGAGGGGGGAAGAGAAGGUAGUUGCCUCCGUAUAAACAUAUGCAUUUUAAAAGUUUCAGUCUGUAAAUACGAUGCAGCUAUUUAGAAGAUAGCGUGGGUUUGUUCUGAAAAAUCAAAGAUUAAGUAGCUUUCUCUCCCCCUUAUUUUUUCUCUUUUGACAAAAUGCCUGUCAGGUUUACAGCCUGCCAGGCGGCUAGGUUUUUUUUUGGGGGGGGGGCUUCUGAAACACCCUGCUUCAGACAUAUGGAGAGCCACAAAACAGGAAUGGCUUUUUAUAAGAGAGCUGAGACUGCAAACUGGCAGGCUUUUUUUAGAGGUGUUUCCCCCCCCCCCUUAAAGAAUGAACUCAAAUCAUCUGCGUGCAUUAAAAAAAAAAAUCUAUCUAUCUAUUGAGACUGCAGCCCUGCACUUUCUUGGGUACUUGGCUCACACAAGCCACAUUGCAUGGGCAGGAAUGCUCCAUGGGUGUUUUUCAACAAGUGGUGCUAUGCUAAGUUGACCAAAACAUCAUAAAUACUUGUGCAGUAUUGCAUUGUCUGAAACCCGAGGGAUGGGGUGCAGAAAGCACUGCUACUGCAUGACCUCCAUUCAGUUCAAUAGGGCUUGCAUGGGAGUUUGCCUACAUCACAUUAGGAUCAAGAGGUGUUGUGGAAUGAAUGGUUUUCAAUUUCUGUAGUGCCUAAUACAAUAUAAAAGUUGUCAAAACAGACACACACAGAGUAAAUGUUUCUCUGUUUUUCUGUUACAGGGAGGGUUCUGUAUUACUAACUGAGCUGGUUUCAUAUUUGUCAGAUCAGGUGCAGAGUUCAUUGGUGAUGACCGUCAGAAAAUGUUCAAUUAAAGAUGAAGGCAGUAAAGUUUGAAGCUCUCUUGUGCUUCGGACCAGGAGUGGUCAGUGGGGUGCCCUGUAGAUGCCUUGGGCAGCGCCUCCCAUUGAUGGCCCUUGACCAUCCAAGAUGACCAUUGACCACCCUGGCUGGAGGUGGCAGGAGUUAAGAAGCACCUGGAGAGAAUCACGUUGGCUCCCUUUGGCCCAGAUGAACCAUCAGUAUUAUGGUGAUAUGACCAUUUAGCAGCACCUAAUUUUAGAGGUCUGUGUGAGCUGGUAGCUAGCCAGAGAGAGUCCAGUGAUCAUUGUCCUAUUGGAGCAGAAGCAGGCAUCCUUUUAAUGCCAAGCAGUCUUCUAGGAGUAGAGAAAAGAGGCCGGGAACCUGCUCUAAGCCAUCAAAUUGUCCUUUUGAGAUAGGACUUCUGAGGAUACUUUAACUCUUUCUAGUUCUGUAUGCAUUCCUGUUUCUACUCCUUGGAACUUAAAGCUUUCUGAGUUGCACACUAUAAUGCAGUGCAAUUGUCUGACUUUUCAUACUUCAUUCCGGUUCACUAAGCUUACUGUUAAGGGCACAUAUCAUGAAAAUCUACAUACAAUGAUGGUUCAGAAAUAACUAGAACUGGGCCAUUUCCCAAAAAGGUGUUGUGCAUUUUUAGUCUAAUGGUUCUUGCUGAGGUGAGAGACUGCUUUAUGUUCUAAAAUAUAUGCACUUACCCUUUUUUAAAAACAACAAACAACCCUUGGCUUUAGGCUCCACUUUCAAGAUCUUGGAACAGAAUACUAUAUGACAAAAUACUGUGUUUCCACUUAAUACUGUUUACAAAUGUUAUCUUCUCUUACUAUUUUUGAUACAGAUAAUACUGUUUGUAAGCUAUAAACUUUCUCGAAUCUUUGGGCAAAGUUUCUGUGGGGAAAAACAUGAAUGGGAAUAUAUAGGAAUGCCAGCGCUGUAUGCUGCUGUUAUUGUAAUAAAAAUAUCCAAAUGAUUUUUUCAAGGUA